UUCCAGCUCGGCAGUUAGUCUCCGGGCACUUACGAACGAGAGCGGACGUGAAAACUGGAAAAACUACCAUCGAGCAGCAAACAGUAAACCAGUUGGACUAACUUGCUCUAGAGAAAUGGGUGCACCAGUGUUGGUGGAGGAAAGAUUGCAUUUUUUUGCUCUCGAGUGGAAUAAUUAGCUCGGUCUACCCGGAUCACUCUUCUUGCGGCCGAUGAGACGCGAUUUCAGCUAGUGACUUGAAGUGUAUUGCCAUUCAGUGGCGCCCGAGCCCGGAGCAAAAAGGGCAUUUUUUUUUGUCAUUCUAGUGAUUUUUGCGGAGUGCGUGGAAGAAAGGUCGGUGAUCUCUUCAAGUUAUCUGGUUUGUGUUGAGGUCAAAAUGUGGAGGCAUAUGGAGAAGCAUGGUGAUUUGUGUUUGUGCUUAGUUGGAGGAAACCGGAAGAGAUACUAAAACCACAUCAUACGAAUUGCUCUGUGUUUUCGGUGAUGGCCACGACCUCCCAGUGUAGUGCAGUGCUCUCGGUUGGUUGCUGUGUGAUCAAACCACUGCUCUUCAAAGAAGAUUCUUUGGUCGCUGGGCUAUUAAGAAUAAAGAUUUAAGUGCUUGGUGCAGAAUUCCACGGAAGUUACUCACUGGUGCACUCGUGCUAAAUGCACCAACAGCAGAAUACUAUAAACGAACCAGCAAUGUGCUAUAAAAUCAUGAAAUAGUACAUUUUUAUUUCUCACUUGGCAUAAGUGCUUUCACUGGAGUUGGAGGUCUUUAUUUGCGGACGAUCAAUUUAACACAUGCUGAUACUAAGAAGCGUUCCUCUGGUUAGCGGUAGAUACAGCUCGAGCAGCGAAAAACAAACAACCAUAUUCAUAGUGGAGACGCUUGGUGACCGAUCCGGACUGUGGUUCACUAUCACAGGCUGCACCGCGCAGUAUCUUAAAUUUAUUUGAGGUCACCGAAACUAGUCUAAGAAGGAAGCACCCCACUGGAGGCGUUACGGCGUCAGUCAAGGUCCAUAGCAGCUCGCCGUGGACGGAAAGUUAAGUUCUCUGAAUGGGAAGAUCAUCAUGAUAAUAACGCACCGGAUGAAGCAUUGAUAGUUUAUAGUAUGCAGAAUGUUUACUCUCGGUCCCAUACAGCAAACACACCAAACUCUUGCUCACUAACGAGAUAUUUCAAAACUUUUACCAUAAACGAUAAUAAAGAACCAACUCAGUCAGUGUAAAUAUCUCAAAGCUAAUUGUCCCAAACACGAUUCAAUUUAAUUUAACAAAUUUAACACACACACACACACAUACAUUGAAGUGCAUCGUCAGUAGAGUAAAGAAAGAAAAAAAAAACAAACCUGUACGAGCUGCGGAGUGAUUAGUUUGCGCAAACUGCUCCCUACAGUUGCCCCCCGAGAGAACAACUCUUCAGCAUCUGCAACUUUUUCGCACAACACCGCUGAUUGCAACCGAUCGAAUGUUGAACCCAAGUUCUGAAUGAAAGUGGUGAAGAAAAUGUGGGGCAAAACAACCCGAUGGAAAGUGCAACACUAAAGAGUAAACUGUUCGUGAAAAAUGAGAAAGCGGCAGCGCGCCGAACAUCGACCCCGGAGAGUAUGACCCUGCGAGCGCGCGGUGGGGACGACUCUUCGGACCCGAUGGCCGGUAGUGGAAUCGGUGGACCGGCCAGUGGUGGAGGUCCCGGCAGUAAGAAAGAUACCAAGAUCGAGAUUCCGCUGCCACCACACAUGCAACCGUCGUCCGGCGAGAAGUUUGCCGAUAAACGAGUGAAGCGGCACAGUAUCCACGGCAUGAUGGAGGAAGAAAAUGUGGUUCGUCCGCACCAGGAAAUUGCGGCCCUAUCGUUGGACGAGAAGAAAUUCCUGCUUGCUGUCGAACGUGGCGAUGUGGCCAGCACCCGAAGAAUUCUAGAGAAGGUAGAGGCCGAGGGCCAUAUCAACAUCAACUGCGUUGACCCCCUCGGCCGGUCCGCCCUGCUGAUGGCAAUCGACAACGAGAAUCUGGAAAUGGUGGAAUUGCUCAUCAAUCACCGGGUGGAUACGAAGGACGCUCUGCUGCACGCCAUUUCGGAGGAAUUUGUCGAAGCGGUCGAGGUUCUGCUGGAUCAUGAGGAUAGUUGUCACAAGAAUGGCGAUCCGCACAGCUGGGAGGCCCUGCACCCGGACACUGCGACUUUCACACCGGAUAUUACGCCGUUGAUUCUGGCGGCGCACAGAGACAACUACGAAAUCAUUAAAAUUCUGCUGGAUCGGGGAGCUACGCUUCCGAUGCCACACGAUGUGAGAUGCGGCUGUGACGAUUGCGUCACAUCACGUCAGGAGGACUCCCUGCGUCAUUCACGCUCUCGCAUCAACGCAUACCGUGCCCUGGCCAGCCCGUCGCUGGUGGCCCUCUCAUCCAAGGAUCCGAUUCUCACGGCGUUCGAGCUGAGCUGGGAGCUGCGACGGCUGAGCUUUCUCGAGCACGAAUUCAAGAACGAAUAUCAGGAACUGCGACGCCAGUGUCAAGAUUUUGCGACUGCCCUCCUGGAUCACACCCGGUCCUCCCACGAGCUGGAAGUGCUACUCAACCAUGAUCCGACCGGGCCGGCGUUCGAGCAUGGCGAUCGGAUGCACCUGAAUCGGCUGAAACUGGCUGUGAAAUUGAGGCAGAAGAAGUUCGUUUCCCACCCCAACGUACAGCAGCUGCUGGCCAGCAUCUGGUAUGAAGGGCUUCCGGGCUUCCGGCGGAAAAAUAUGGCUCUGCAAGCACUAGAAAUUGUGCGAAUAGGCAUCCUGUUUCCACUGUUCUCCAUUUCGUAUAUCAUUGCACCGCACUCGACGUUCGGCCAGACGAUGAGGAAACCUUUUAUCAAGUUUAUUUGCCACAGUGCAUCGUAUUUUACUUUUUUAUUUCUGUUGAUGUUGGCGUCGCAGCGUAUCGAAACUGUGAUUGGAGGUGUGUGGGGAGCUGAGCUGAGCACCCAUGACGAAGUGCCUACGAAAAGAGGAGCGAGUCCUACGCUGGUCGAGUGGCUCAUUCUAGCCUGGGUUAGCGGACUUAUUUGGAGUGAAGUAAAGCAGCUGUGGGACGUUGGACUACAGGAAUACGUGAACGAUAUGUGGAAUGUGAUAGAUUUCGUGACAAAUUCACUGUAUGUGGCGACGGUCGCACUGCGAGUCGUUUCCUACUUUGAGGUUCAAAAAGAGAUGGCCAUCAAUCGUUUUGCUGCCGAUUUACCGCGUGAGAAAUGGGACACUUGGGACCCGAUGCUUAUCUCGGAGGGUUUGUUCAGUGCCGCGAAUAUCUUCAGCUCACUCAAGCUGGUGUACAUCUUUUCGGUCAAUCCACAUCUGGGACCCCUGCAGGUAUCCCUCUCGCGGAUGGUGAUGGAUAUUAUGAAGUUUUUCUUCCUCUACGUGUUGGUGCUGUUCGCUUUUAGUAGCGGUUUGAACCAGUUGCUUUGGUAUUAUGCCGAUCUGGAGAAGAAACGCUGCCCGGAUGUGUCAACUUUCUCUGGAUCUUCCAACCUCACUUCGACUGACCCGAAUGCAUGUGUGGUGUGGAGGCGAUUCGCGAAUCUCUUCGAAACCAUCCAAACUCUGUUCUGGGCCGUGUUCGGUCUGGUGGAUCUGGAAAACUUUGAGCUAGACGGUAUCAAAAUCUUUACCCGCUUCUGGGGAAUGCUAAUGUUUGGAACGUACUCGGUGAUCAACAUUGUGGUGCUAUUAAAUCUGUUGAUCGCUAUGAUGAAUCAUUCCUAUCAGCUCAUAUCGGUAGACUCAUUUGAACGUGCCGACGUGGAGUGGAAGUUCGCCCGCUCGAAGCUGUGGAUCAGCUACUUUGAGGAAGGCGGAACCUCUCCACCGCCGUUCAACAUAAUUCCGACCCCGAAGUCUAUCUUCUACAUCUUCCAGUGGGUCAAGCGGAAAUUCUGCGGCCAUUCGAAGGCCGUCAAGAAGGAGCACAUGAAAACUAUUCGACGGAAGGUGAAACAGGCCAGCGAACGGGAUUUCCGCUACCAGAGCAUAAUGCGCAAUCUGGUCCGACGUUACGUGACCGUCGAGCAGCGAAAGGCCGAAUCGCAGGGCGUUACCGAGGAUGAUGUGAACGAGAUCAAACAGGACAUAUCUGCGUUUCGGUGCGAACUUGUGGAAAUAUUGAAAAACAGUGGAAUGAACACCACCAGUGCUACCGGCUCUGGUGGGGGCGUAGGUGGCAAGAAGAACCGCCAGAAGGAGCGUCGAUUGAUGAAGGGCUUCAACAUUGCACCAGCGCCGGCACCGGAAUCGGGUCAGCAUCUAACUCCUGUCUCCGAGUUUAUAUCGCAACUUCCGGAUAAUGCGUCACACGAAAUGUUUGCGGGAGUAUUCGGGCCAGGUCUCACUACCAAGAAAGCCCUGCACCAAGUCAAUCCCAUGCACCAGUUUUCAUCGCAAUCGCAAAGUUCCUUUGGUGAAAACAACAAUCCCAUUCACAGACUUGCCAAACUCGCACCGAAGUUCCAUUCCAAAAGACCUGGCUCACACAAGAAACGAUGGGGUACCUUGAUUGAAGCCGCAAAGCAUGGCAGCGUGUCACGAUUUAUCGGUCGAUCGCGCUCGGAAGAUUCCGUCUGCAACAAUGGCCAGCGAGGUGAAUCGGCAAGCCACAGUAAUAGUCCAGCGUCGGAUGAGGCUAUUACCGAAUCGCCGUCGGACUCAAAUCCAAGUCUCGACCGACCAGAUGUGGAACAAUCGCCUGAUCCACAUAAACACCACCAUCAACAUCAUGAUCAUCCUCAUCAUCAUGGUGGAAGCGAUCGAUCGCAUGGAUCGGCGAAGGCAAAAGACUCUUCCUCCCAUCAUUAUCACCUACAUUUCGGGGCACUAGCUGCUUUAAAGCGUAAAAGAAAAAAGUUCUCCAACAGUCGAAAUAGUAGUCCCGUUCUGGAGCCCCCUGCAGAGGCGACGGCGGUUCCUUCUUUGACAACUGGUGCUAGUAGUAAGGUGCUGAAACGUGCUUCCAGUGUACCCACGCGUAGUCCAUGUGACGAUCCGGUCGAAUGUGGUAUUGGCGAAGGUACGAUCGUAGAAGAUUCGGGGAUGGACGGUGGUGUCACUGGAAAAACUCCUCGCCAUGAACAGACUCAAAGUCAGCAAACAUCCCUGGAAAACCAGCUGGACCCACCGUUAACCCCUUCGACGACAGAGGAAAGUGUGGACAAUCCCGCUCAUACGAGAAUUAGCUGUACAGAACCACUGCUGCGGAUACAGGGUAGAGCGAUCACUAGCGAAACAAGCAGUGAUCAUCAACAACAGCAACAGUCCUCCUACAGGAUACCUGGGGUUACUCCGGUUCGAGGACAUUUCCACUCGCAGGGCUGGUUAUAGGGGCUCUUAGAUAAGACGGAUUUGUACAUAUUGAUCGAUUCGAGCAUAAUCUAGUCAUAUUUAUUAGACGGAAAAACGUAUUAACUGCCAUCGCUAAAACAGGACUCUCUCCUUCUCUCUCUCCCUCUGAAGAUGCUCACUUCGGGAGAAGGAAGUUAAUCGGAUGUAAACUAAUGGAAAGCAAAAUUCUAAACCAGUCAUUUUGGUUACCAUUGUUUUUCUCGUUUCGGAGGCCUAAACACUGUUAACAACCGGAAAAGGUAAAUCGACUAUUUAUAUGUGAUUAUUAGUUUAAAUGUUAUUCAGAAAGGAUGCUUCUGAAAUACUUAAACAAAAUGGGAAUUGUGCGCAACACACUUAACUGAGUGGGUGGAGCGGUUCGGACUAGACACUACACCGGCCAGAAGCUUCACUUCACGAAACACUCUCUAUGUCGAAAACGAAGCCACUACUAAGCAGUUGGAAUGUAGUCAAAUUUAGAUAUUACUAAUACGCUAGCGAGAACAGAAAUUUUAGCCUAAGCACAAAACCCUAAGGGACCACGUCUCUUGGAACGAGUAGAGAAGCGUUUAACAGAUUGACAGGUAGAGCAAAAUAAAAAAAUAUCAUGCAACAUCAACCAAAGAUUUGAACAAGUUGGUGAGGAAUUUUAUUAAUCACAGGGUGUUUCAUACCACAAUAAAAAAAAAACAAUAUCAACACACAUUUUACUAUUCCGACCAUAGCUUAAUGAUACAGCAAAUGCAGUUCGAUUUUUGUUUUUCUUUUAACCAACCACACAGAAAGGCAUACCAAUAUUUCAGAGAGCCAUUUUCUAAAUCGUACACAUCAAAAUAAAACUAGUAGAAUUCCAUUUGUUACUACACGCACUAAGUACACGCAACAUAAAGAUCACCGGUAUAAAACAACAAAUGCAAAGCUAAGCCCGAGGAGUAAUCCUUCACUAACGAUGCGAAGAAAUCAAAGGAGGCCUUAUUAUUGAUGAAAACAGAAGUUAAUAAAUGUUAGCAAGGAAACACUUUAAACAAUUUACUCGAUAGAACCAUAGUAACAAAUACUAACACUAAUUAAUGGUAAUAAAAAGAAAGCUAUAACAUGCAUUGAUUAUUGUGGUUAAACCAUCAAUCGUCGCAAAUAAAGUCCUGAUGAACAGUGGAUCAUAAUGACAGUAUUUAUGAAAAAUAACCGUAGCAAUCGACAUCGUUCGGUUUAGACAGUUACUACUAUAACAGUUGACCAGUGGAAUACUAAAUACACAUUUAACUAGUAGUUAAACGAUAUUCUCCACAGAAAGCAGGUAUAAGAGAACGAAAGGGACAACAACAACAAACAAAAAGUAAAAAAGAAUUCCAGUAAACUAUUCGAUGGAUCUAAUCGUAUACAGAAAUUAGUAACUAUCGUCGUAAAUUUCAGUCAUUAGUUACAAUUAGUGAAAUACAACUAUAAUAUGAAUAUGGAAUUUGAAGCAAAACCCCCGACUGUUUUUAAGGAAAAUAAAACGCAUUGAAGAGGAUCUGUUA